UCACUGAUAUAGGCUGUGCUAAUGUUUCUAAAGCCCAUCAAUUAGAAAAUGAUGGUUACUUUCUUGUGUGUGCUGAUGGAAUUUUAUGUAUAGCAAAGGUUCUUGCAACAUAUCAAUUGAUAGGUGGGAAACAUGGUUUUGUUUCAGAAAAUAUUGAUGAUCUUGAUUCAUUAUCUUAUAUCUCAGUUUCAUUAUUCAUUAAUAUACAUGGAGACACAUUAUUUUCAAAUGAAUGUAAGGCAGGAGGUAAAUUGUAUGCACAUUUAAAACUUCAUAAAUAUAUUAAAUUUGAUACAUCAGUUUUAAAUGUUUCACUUCUUCCUGAUAAAAAAUGGAAUAUUAAAUAUAUUGCAAAAGGUGAAGGAGUCGAAAAAGAAGAAAUAUUUGAUUAUGUCAUGGUUUGUACAGGUCAUCAUCAUAAAUAUAAAUUGCCUAAAUAUAAAGGAAUGGACAUAUUUGCUGGCCAGCAAUUACAUUCUCAUUUCUAUAGAAGACCAAGUCCAUUUGAAGAUAAACGUGUAAUUGUUGUAGGAGUUGGUAACAGUGGGAUGGAUAUAAGUGUUGAAUUGUCACAUGUUGCAUCUCAAGUUUAUCUAAUUUCACGCAGAGGAAAACUUCCAUGGAUUAUACCUCGUUUAGUUAUGGGUGGAACUCCAAUUGAUCAUUUAAAAACAAGGUUCAACUCAACUAUUAUACCAAGUUUUUUAUCAGAUUUUGUGACCAAAACAAUUAUAAAAAUGACAAUAGGAGCACCACCAUCAGAAUUUCGGCCUAAAACUCAACCAUCACAAGCCCAUCCAUCUGUGAAAUCUGACUUUUAUGAACGUAUGGUAACUGGAACAAUCAAAGUAAAACCAAAUAUAGAAGAAUUGUUACCUGGAGAAAGCAGAUCAGUUAGAUUUGUUGAUGGCACUGUUGUUGAAAAUAUAGAUGCUAUAAUUUAUGCCACUGGAUAUUUAAUUGAUUAUCCAUUUUUGGAUAAAGAAAUCAUCAAUGGUGGCGAAAAGAUUUCCAGUCAAUUUGAAGAAGAGUACAGAGAAAAUUUGUCUUGGAUGUACAAAUUCAUAUUUCCACCUAAUUAUCCUAAUAUAGCAUUUAUAGGCUUAAUUCAACAAAUUGGUGCAGUCAUGCCAAUUAGUGAAGUACAAUCAAGAUGGGUCACAAGUAUGAUAAAGGGCUAUGCUCCACCUUUACCAUCAGUUGAAGAAAUGAAUAAAUCUAUUGGAAAGUAUCAUGAUGAAAUUCGUAAAAAAUAUUAUUCAUCUUCCAGACAUACUAUCCAGUCAGAAAUGAUGCCCUACAUUGAUGAUUUGGCAAAACGAUUAAAUUUCUAUCCCUACUCACUAUCAAUUUUAAAGAAAUAUGGACUGGGAACUCUAUUUAAUGUUUGGUUUGGUUUACCAAGUCCUAUUCAGAUUUCACCGUGGUGGUUUUUAUUCCAAAUUCAAAAAAUAUUACUUGACUUGAACUCAACUGAACAUUUAUGGUCAGAAUUAGAAAGAAGAAUUAGAAGACGUCCAAAGUAUCGAUGUCCCAAUGAAAUUGAUGUAUAA